AUGCCGGUCUCGCAUUCCUUCCACCGACGGCUGCUGCUUCUCACCAGCGGCGCAUUCGUCCUGCUGUUCAUAUAUUACUUUGGCACCGUAUACCGACACAGGCUGGGUGUUGUACCUAAACAUGGCGGUACGGUGCAUGAAGAACCUGAGGAGAUCGAAGAGAUUUGCAUGGGCAAUGAUCCAAUAAAGGCAUUGUUGGACAAGGCGGACAAUGCAUGGCGCAAGUACGACUCUGCCCGGUCGAUGACCUUCAGCGACGCUGUUGUCGAGUAUCGGGUGCGGUAUGGUCGCCAUCCGCCGCCUGGGUUUAAGGAGUGGUAUAUAUUUGCCCGAGAGAACGACGUCCGAAAUGUGGACGACUUCGAUCAGAUAAACGACGACCUCCGGCCGUUCUGGUCAGCGGAGCCAAAAACCAUCCGGCGGAGAGUAGCUGCAGCUUGCCAGGAUCAUAGCGGAAACUCGAUCGCGGCGAUCCACAUAAGGGAUGGGGCUAUUGCGAACAUCACUGGCGAUGGAUGGCGGAUAGAUACUCUGAAGUCGCUAGUUGCGCGGUUUGCGCAGAAGCUACCGGACAUGGACAUUGCCAUGAAUACGCUGGACCAACCUCGACUCGUAACCAAGUGGGAGGACAUGCAGGCCAUGCUCAACAAGGAGAUAGCAUCCCGUGCUACUCCUCCUGAUGCCACCUAUUCGUUUACAAAGAAUAUGGAAGGAUUUGUCUCGCUGACGAGCAAAAACAACGUGACAGAGGAAGACAAGAUCAAAUGGGCUGGAAUCCCUUCCAAGCAGUACAUGGAGAUUGCGGCGACUGCCUGUCCUCCUGAAUCUCCAGCCCGGAAUCCAAUCCUGAGUAUUCAAGAGGCUGAUAGCCGUUACAAAAUACCCGGUGCCGGCCUGGUGUCAAAUUUCAACACGUCCAGUGAUCUAUGCGUUGUCGGGCCAGCCAUAAAGAAUCUCCACGGAUUCCUAUUUUCGUCGUCGAGUAUUAGCCACUCAGAUGCCCUUAUACCGAUCUUUAGCGAAUGUAAGGUCAACGUCAAUAAUGAUAUCCUCUUCCCGGCCAAUAUGUACUGGAAGGAUGAUGAACGAUAUACCUACAACGGCGCUGAAGAUAUUGACUGGAAGAUGAAAAACGAUACGCUCUUCUGGAGAGGAGCCACUUCUGGCGGUAUCCAAACAGCUGAUAAUUGGUCUCGAAUGCAUCGUCAGCGACUGGAGUUCAAGAUGAAUGGGACAAAACUCAUUGGCAAAACAGAGCGAGUCCUGCCAUGCAACGACCAAUCUUUGAGCUCAGGCGAUUCCGCGUCGUCGAAUUUCCAACCAACCGAUUUCGCCAACGAGCAUUUUGAUUUCGGAUUCACGGACCCCAUGGCUUGUGUGCCAGCCAACUGCGAAUUCUACAAUGACACCUACACGUACAAGGAGAAGAUCCCCCUUUCACAUCAGUUCGUGAACAAAUACCUGGUGGAUAUAGACGGACACAGCUUCUCUGGCAGGUGGCGUGCGUUCCUCCUUAGCAAGUCCCUAGGUAUAAAAGCCACCAUAUUCCGUGAAUGGCACGACUCGCGCCUCUUUGCAUGGAGACAUUUCGUGCCCCUGGACAACCGAUACGAUGACUUCUAUGCCCUUAUGACUUAUUUCAUCGGGACGGGGACAAGUAACACUACCUCUAGCAACCCCCAUGUUGCCCGUCAUGAUAAGGCUGCGCAGAAUUUGGCCAGGCAAGGUCGCGAAUGGGCUGAGAAAGUUCUUCGGAAUGAAGAUAUUGAAGCAUAUAUGUACCGGCUUCUUCUUGAAUAUGGUCGAGUCAUCGAUGACAACCGGGACUCCAUUGGCUACCAUGGUGAUGGCAGCGAACUAAAAGAAUUUGACGAGCAUUUGACGCGGUGA